CCGGGGAGCAGCUGUUGGCGGAGUCUGGGUGUCACGGUGACCGGGAAGCAGUGUGUGUCUGCCCGCAGCUCGCUCACCCCGUGCCCGCAGCUCGCUCACCCCGUGCCCGCCAUCAUGGUGCAGAUCGUCCGUGUGCAGACCAAGCCCUUCCCGGACCAGAAGCCGGGCACCAGCGGCCUGAGGAAGCGGGUCACCACGUUCCAGAACAGCCCGCACUACACCGAGAACUUCAUCCAGAGCAUCGUGUCCUGCACCGAGCCCGCCGAGCGCCAGGAGGGGGCGCUAGUGGUCGGAGGGGACGGCAGGUUCUUCAUGAAGGAAGCCAUUCAGCUCAUCAUACAGAUAGCAGCCGCCAAUGGGAUUGGACGAUUGGUCAUUGGACAAAAUGGCAUUCUCUCAACGCCAGCUGUGUCCUGCAUCAUACGAAAGAUCAAAGCAAUUGGUGGUAUCAUCUUGACAGCCAGUCACAACCCUGGAGGUCCCAACGGAGACUUUGGGAUUAAGUUCAAUACUUCUAAUGGAGGUCCUGCUCCAGAAGCUGUUACUGAUAAAAUUUUCCAGCUCAGUAAAACGAUCGAAGAAUAUGCUAUAUGUCCUGAUCUCAAAGUGGAUUUGGGAACCAUUGGAAAACAGCAGUUUGAUUUGGAGAACAAGUUCAAACCAUUUACUGUCGAGAUUGUGGAUUCUGUAGAAGCCUAUGCAAACAUGUUGAGAAAUAUCUUCGACUUCAGUGCCUUAAAAGAACUUGUUUCAGGACAAAACCGGCUUAAAAUCCGACUUGAUGCUAUGCACGGAGUUGUUGGACCAUACGUAAAAAAGAUUAUUUGUGAGGAGCUUGGCGCGCCUGCAAAUUCUGCGGUAAACUGCAUCCCGCUGGAGGAUUUCGGCGGUCACCAUCCCGAUCCAAAUUUAACCUAUGCGUCCGAGUUGGUGGAAACGAUGAAGACCGGAGAACAUGAUUUUGGAGCAGCAUUUGAUGGUGAUGGGGAUCGUAACAUGAUUCUUGGGAAAAACGCCUUCUUUGUCAACCCGUCUGACUCGGUGGCAGUCAUUGCAGCCAAUAUUUUCAGUAUUCCUUAUUUUCAGCAAACUGGUGUUCGUGGUUUUGCGAGAAGUAUGCCAACAAGUGGAGCCUUGGACAGAGUGGCAAAAGCUACAAAGAUUGCUUUAUACGAGACUCCAACGGGAUGGAAAUUCUUUGGCAAUUUAAUGGACGCUAACAAGCUAUCCCUGUGUGGGGAAGAAAGUUUUGGAACUGGUUCUGAUCAUAUCCGAGAGAAAGAUGGGCUUUGGGCUGUCCUUGCCUGGUUAUCCAUAAUUGCUGUUCGCAAGCAAAGUGUUGAGGAAAUUCUGAAAGAUCAUUGGCAGAAAUAUGGUCGAAAUUUCUUCACAAGGUACGACUAUGAAGAGGUCGCUGCGGAUGGAGCUAAUCAGAUGAUGAAGGACCUUGAAACCUUGAUGUUUGAUCGCUCGUUUAUUGGUCAACAACUUUCCGUUGGAGAUAAAGUUUACACAGUGGAGAAAGCUGAUAAUUUUGAGUACAGUGAUCCUGUGGAUGGGAGUAUCUCCAGAAACCAGGGCUUAAGACUCAUCUUUACGGACGGAUCCCGUAUCAUUUUCAGACUUAGUGGUACUGGAAGCGCUGGAGCCACCAUCAGGCUAUAUAUAGACAGCUAUGAGAAGGAUGCUCCAAAAAUAUAUGAAGACCCUCAGGUUAUGUUGGCCCCCCUGAUUACCAUUGCACUUAAGCUUUCAAAACUUCAGGAGAGAACAGGACGUGACGCUCCAACCGUCAUAACGUAAACAGGAGGAAGCACUGAAAGAUUCGGCCUAAGAAAUUGAUUUCUGUUGGAAGCCAUGUCUCUGUCCCCAUAAUAUAAUCCCUGUAUUGUCUUGUCUGUACAGAUUGUGUGUGUGUUAGUUAUCAUUCUAUGUCUAUCAUUAACAUAAGCUGAAAAAAAACACAGUUUACAAUUGCUUUUUUUUUCAGUCCCAAAUCACAGACACAAUUUCAAUAUUGUUUACAGUUUAUUUUUUGUUUUGUUUUUUUUUUAGACCCCAAUAUGUCUGUCUAGGACUAAUUCUACGAGUUGGUAAUCAACAAGAAUUAUGUUUUUUUUCAAUUAAUAAACUGCAGACGUAAUCAUAAAAACCAGUCUCGGGGAACCAUCCUGUUCAUACAAAAUAAAUAUUCACAGAAAGCCAUAAUAUCAAAUAUAUAAUAAAAUGUUUAAAAUAAA